UUUAAAGUCGAGUCGAGCCGAGCCUAGUCGGACCAGAUGGAACCUGUGGCCCCGAGUUAGACCCGGAUUAGACCCGGAUUAGAUCUAGAUUUGACCCGGACUAACGCUGGAUCGAAGACCCGGAGUCCCGGGAGUGAAAGCGGAUUACAGCCGAACGUGGGAGCGUUUCCCCGGGUGAGGACGCGUCUGUUACCGGGUGCGCUCUUCCAAAAUGGCCGACGCUGAUGUCUCUUUGUCCCCCGCUCUGCGCCAGCUCCACCUUAGCCCCUCGCACUCAGCCCCGCCCCCUCCUCCAGCCUCCUCCUCCCCCACCACCUUCUCAUGCCCCUCCUCCCCCUCCAGUGCCUCCUCUUCCUUUUCUUCCUCGUCUUCGACCUCCUGCUCUGAGAGCUCGUCUGAUUGCCCCAACCACCACCACCACCACCACCAUCCCCAUCACCUCCGCCCUCAGCUGCAGCUGCCCCCGCCCUCUCACAGCGAGCAGCCCUCCUCCCCGAGCGCCAGCCCCCGCAGCUCCAGCCCCAGCGGCAGCAUCGGCAGCACCGGCAGCCUCGGCAGCAGCAGCAGCGCCAGCGAGGGCAUCGGCAGCAGCAGCGUGUCGAGUGGCGGCGACCCGCGAGGGCCCAGUCCGCCGCUGGACGUCAUCUCCGAGGACGCCAUGGAGAUGGACCUCGAAGGGGACCAAGUGAUCGACCCGGAAGUCGCUCUGAAAGCUUGUCAGGAAGUUCUUCUCAAAGUCCAGCUGCAGAACAGAGACGUGCCGGAGGAACAACAACAACAACAACAACAACAACAACAACAACCACAACAAGAGCAGGGCGCGGACUUGUCGGCGCACUGUGCUCCUCAGUACUUGAGUCCAGACACCAGCUCCAUCAAAGAGGAAGACGAGGAAGACGAGAAACAAAGUGGAACGUCUCAACAAGCCAGACUGCGUUCCUCUCCACUGCCACCGGGGGCGUCACCAUCCUCGAAGCAGUCGUGGUUGCUCCGCCUCUUCGAGUCCAAGCUGUUUGACGUUUCCAUGGCGAUCUCCUACCUGUACAAGUCGAAGGAGCCGGGGGUGCAGGCGUACAUCGGGAACCGGCUCUUCAGCUUCCCCGACGCCGAGGUGGACGUCUACCUGCCGCAGCUGCUCAACAUGUAUGUGCACAUGGACACGGAGGUGGGAGACGCCAUCAGGCCGUACCUGAUCCAUCGCUGCAGAGGAAGCAUCACCUUCUCGCUGCUGUCGGCAUGGCAGCUCGGCGCCUACUCCUCCGACAUGCACAUCUCCACCCAGCGUCACUCCAGAGGCGCCAAGCUCCGAAAGCUCAUCCUGUCCGAUGAACUCAAGCCGUCCGCUCGGACCCCCGUCACGCCCAGACCAGCUUCUGUCUCUGAAAGCCCGCUGUCCUCACCGUCCCCCCGCCGCUGUCACCGCCGGCACAACAGCAGCAACGCGGAGGCCGCCGCUGAUGCCUUGCCAAACAGCCGCACAUCAGGGCAGUCUGAGGUCUUUGUUUCUCCUUCUAGAAGAACCCACCAGAGAUCCAAGUCGGACGCCUCCACGGCCGGCAGCGGGCCCGGCACCGGCCUCCACCGGACAGGAAGUAACCCCAAGAUGGAGUCGGUUCACGAGGAGCGUCUCCGUCCUCAGCGGGAGUUCGUCAAGUCUCUGCUCGGCAUCGGGAAGCGUUUGGUGACGUUGACGACCAAAGAGCAGAAGACGCAGCGGCUGAUCUCGGAGCUGUCGCUGCUCAACCACAAGCUGCCGGCUCGAGUGUGGCUGCCCACGGCCGAGCGGCAGCACCACGUCUGCAGGAUCCCGCACACGCAGGCCGUCGUCCUGAACUCCAAAGACAAGGCGCCGUACAUCAUCUACGUGGAGGUUCUGGAGUGCGAGAGCUUCGAGACGUCUCUGGUUCCCGUUCGGAUUCCGGAGACCAGGAUCCGUUCGGCCCGGUCCGCGGAGGAGCUGGACUGCGUCCCGGCGUCCAUCGCUAACGGGAUGACCUCCGAGCACAGAGCGGCGAGCUUCUCCUCCGUCCAGAACUACGACAACGACGAGGACGCGUGGGCCACCGACGACAUCGGACAGCUGCAGGUGGAGGCCGAGGCUCAGACCAGCAGCAGUGACAACAUCAGUCGGUUUUCAGUCGACAGCAUCACGAGUCUGGAGAACAAAGAACCAGUGUUCAUCGCUGCUGGAGACAUUAGGCGCCGGCUGUCGGAGAACCUCGCCCACACGCCCACCACGUUCCGGCGAGACCCCGAGGACCCGUCAGCCGUCGCCCUCAAGGAACCCUGGGAGGAGAAAGUCCGGCGAAUCAGAGAAGCUUCUCCGUACGGUCACAUGACCAGCUGGAGGUUACUGUCCGUCAUCGUGAAGUGUGGAGACGACCUGAGGCAGGAGCUGCUGGCCUAUCAGGUGCUCCGACAGCUGCAGUCGAUCUGGCAGCAGGAGCGAGUUCCUCUGUGGAUCAAACCCUAUAAGAUCCUGGUGAUGUCAUCAGACAGCGGGAUGAUCGAACCCGUGCUCAACGCCGUCUCGCUGCACCAGGUGCGUAAACAGAGUCAGCUGUCGCUGCUCGACUACUUCCUGCAGGAACACGGCAGCUUCACCACCGAGAACUUCCUGUCGGCGCAGAGGAACUUUGUCCAGAGCUGCGCUGGCUACAGUCUGAUCUGCUACCUGCUGCAGGUCAAAGACAGACAUAACGGGAACAUCCUGCUGGACUCUGAAGGUCACAUCAUCCACAUCGACUUCGGUUUCAUCCUCUCCAGUUCUCCUCGUAACCUCGGCUUCGAGACGUCGGCCUUCAAGCUCACGUCAGAGUUCGUGGACGUGAUGGGCGGUUUGGACGGAGACAUGUUCAUCUACUACAGGAUGUUGAUGCUUCAGGGUCUGAUCGCUGCCAGGAAGCACAUGGAGAAGGUUCUGCAGAUCGUCGAGAUCAUGCAACAAGGUUCCCAUCUCCCGUGCUUCCACGGCUCCAGCACCAUCCGGGGCCUGAAGGAGCGUUUCCACAUGUCUCUGACGGAGGAGCAGCUGCAGCUGCUGGUGGAGCAGCUGGUGGACGGCUCCAUGCGCUCCAUCACCACCAAACUCUACGACUCCUUCCAGUAUGUCACGAACGGCAUCAUGUGACCAGAGGGGGCGCCGUUGUGACAUCAUCAAAUCUUUGCUGACUGAUUCUUAACCUUUUCAAAGAGUCUGAGGGACGUUCGCCUCGGCUGUUACAAGAUGAUCUUCAUCACUCACGUUCUCCGGACUCAAGAUUUCUGCCUCGUUGUUUUGCUGCCUGAGACGGAUUAGUUCAAAAAACUGGUUUUCGACUUCAUUGCAUCUGACGUGAAGCCGGGAGGUUCCUCUCCGUGGGUUUGAAGGUACCUGCUGGUGAAUUAUCUUCUGAUCAUCGCUACAUCAUUGGUCAUUUAACGAGAUCAACAGUUUCACCGAUUUUUAUUGCUGGCAGCUGAUUGGAUGACUACAUUUAUUUUUUGUUGUUUAACUUUCUUUUUUCUUUUCUUGUUAAUAAUUGGAUUUUUAUCUCGUGAUGAGAAACUGAGUCUUUUCUGCUGAAUCUGCAAAAGAUUCAUGACCAAAGAACUUUUCUUCAGAUUCAUACGAGAAGAGUUUUCAUUGGUCUCAGAGGUUUUUCUCCUGGUGGAUUUUGGAUCCUAAUAUUUCAUUGUGAAUCCAACGAAGCUCAACAGGAGCUUUAGUUUCCUCUGAUCUCUUCUCUGAAUUAAACUCAAACUGGUUUGAAAAGAAAGAAAAGAGACGGGUUUGAAAUAAGUCUGAGACCAGAUCUCAUCAUUUUAUUGAAACUCUGUUCUCGAAUCAGCUCAUUGGCUCGUUGACACUUCUGUUAUUAUCCUGGAGGGUUGAGUAUCAUUUGUUCAUUGACAGUUAAGUCCAAUAUUUGAUCAAAGAUCAUUAAUGUGCUCACACAAUUUUUGGUAAGAGAAACAUAUUUUUGUCAGAAGUUAAAUCUAAAUAUUGAUUAAAUAAGAUUUGAUGCUACCAUCAGAUAUUUUAAGAAACUGAUGACAAGAUCAAAUUGAUUGUUUUCAUUCAAGUUCGUCAAAUUCUGUUUUAGUCAAAGGUCAGAGUUGAAUUUCAUAAAAGAAAGUUUUAAACAACGUUAAUGACACUUAAGAGUUGAAUCUACAGUUUCAUAUUAAUUAUCUUUUCUUUACUUGAAUAGUUUCACAUUCAGUUUGAAGCAAAACAGAAACAAGUGGUUGAACUGAUCACAAAACGAGAGAUGAACUCUUCCGUGUUUGACAGAAAAUCUAUUUUUCUUUCCAAUGAUCAAUAACGAUCAGUUUCCUGAAUAUGUGAAUGUUUUUUCAAUUGUUUAUUUAAACAUUUGUUUACGUCAGAACCGACGAAUUUUCAGUAUUGACAAGUCAAAUCUUUAUCUGAUGUUGUUACUGAAGCCGGUUUCACUUUGUGUAGCUUAUUUCAGUGGCUCUCGCCUGUGUGAUGUACGAUGAAGUCUUUCUUAUGAAUCUCACUCUUUACACUAAAUUACUAAUUUUAUAGAAUAUAAGUUGUUUUGAGUCGAUGACGUGAAGAAUUCAGCAGGACUAACUUGGCUACCUGAACUAGCGGGGGCUAGUUAGCUAAAUGCUUUAAGCUCGUCACUGCUUUUUUGCCUCACAAUAAUAACUGCGUUGUGAUUGUGAUGAAGGUGAAAGGAAGUUAGAGCUGAAGGUGAAGUUCGGGUUAACAAACAGACCAUGACAUCGGCAUAUAAAAUCAAAAUACACAUAACAUUGUUAUCUCUCAGCAUUGAAGUUAAGUCAUAACCAUGCUAGUGACCAAAAAGCUGCAGCAUCAUAUAAUCAUCACAGAAAUUGAGCUAAAACUUAAUUAUUUUAGGUUUUUCUAUAAUAAUUCUUGUUUAUAAAAUGGAUAUAAUGUAGGAAACAUUCUGAAAAAGAAUUGUGAUUAAAUUCAUUUUUCAUUGACUGCAACAAAGUGAACGAAUACAAUUCAAAUCUAUUAACUGUGAGCAAACUCAAAAGUAGUAGAGUACACUAUCAGUUAGCAGCUAGGCCAGUUAGCUAGCUAACACUUAAUGUUUACACUUUCAGUUACUUCAGUUUUUAAUCAAAUUUUAUUUUGUAUUCUUGUCUUUAACUGCGACGGAAAUGAUCAGUUUGCAAUGAAAUGAUUAACUUCCAUUUUAUUUGUAUAGCGCCAUUUCAUAAUUUACAUAAUUAUUUCAACCUGAUGAAAAGUGACAUUAUUUGAAUUAAUCGUAAAGACACUAAAACAACUUUACACUGGAAUAAAGCCAUCGUCAUUUGUUGCAAAGGUUUUUUGUUAAGACCACUAUUGAAGGAGAGGCACAUGUUAGCAUGCUAAUUGUUAGCCUGCUACUUAAUAACACAAAGAUGCAGCUGUGACUAAAGUUGACCUGAGACGCAACUUAAAAAGCAACUUUUCUUCUUUCUUUCCCGUGUGAAUAUGUACGUAUGUAAAUGAAGAGAUGCCUUUAGACUCUGAUCACUGCACGAGGAGGACGAAGGACGUUUGACCUCAUCAGGGACGAGUCUCACUCACGUCUCCUCCUGGACUUCAGUUUCACUAAUAUCAAGUGAAUUUAGUCACAUUUUGAUCAUAAAAACAUUCAUGAGACAUAAGAUGACAUUUCAAAAUUAAAGUGAUGAUCAGAUCAAAGCCAAAAGCCUUUAAUGUGAAGUCAAAAGCUGUUUUUCUGAUUGGAGUCUGGACAUGAUGGACGCGUGAAACUCGUCCCUGAGACUCGAACCUUCCACUGUUUCCUUCCAUCGUCCGCUCUGAACGGCUCUAACUCUGAUCCCUUUGAUCCUGAAUGAAAGUCAUUUGUAAAGCUUUGUUUGUUUGUUAUUCAUUUCAAAUGUUAAACACUAAAUCCAUUAAAACAAACUUUGAUUUUC